AUAGGGUCGGUCAGCACUUCCUCUCCACUUCCUGGUCGCCUUUCCAACUUUUUAUAUGGUAAGUUAGGGUUGCACAAUCUCCUCAGUUGCUCACCAUCUUGGAGAGAAACCAAGCCUAAAAACUGUCUUGUAGUUUUGAGAUAGAAACCCACAAUGGCUUCCACAAGCUCCUUUAGAGCCUCUUCUUCUUCUACUCCUUCCAUCCCUCAAACAAGUACUUAUGAUGUUUUCUUGAGUUUUAGAGGCGCAGACACCCGCUAUAAUUUCACUGAUCACCUCUACAAAGCUUUGGAUAGGAGAGGUAUUCGCACCUUCAGAGACGAUACACUCAGGAGAGGAGAAGCGAUUGAUCCAGAACUCUUGAAAGCCAUUGAAGGAUCAAGGUCUUCCGUAAUUGUUUUCUCUGAAAACUAUGCUCAUUCGAGAUCGUGUUUGGAUGAGUUGGUAAAGAUCAUGGAGUGCCAGAAAGAUCUGGGACAUACUGUUAUCCCAAUUUUCUAUCAUGUGGAUCCAUCCCAUGUACGAAAGCAAGAAGGAAGUUUUGGAGCGGCCUUUGCCGGUUAUGAAGAAAACUGGAAGGACAAGAUACCAAGAUGGAGGACGGCCUUGACGGAAGCAGCCAAUCUUUCUGGAUGGCAUCUACAAGAUGGGUAUGAGUCCGACAAUAUUAAGAAAAUAACUGAUGACAUAUUCCGUCAAUUGAAUUGUAAGAGGCUUGAUGUUGGUGACAAUUUAGUUGGUAUAGAUUUUCGUCUAAAAGAGAUGGAUUUGCGGUUAGAUAUGGAAUCGGAUGCUGUUCGUAUUGUUGGGAUAUAUGGAAUUGGGGGGAUAGGUAAGACAACCAUUGCGAGGGUUAUAUAUAAUAACCUUUCUUCUGAAUUUGAAUGUAUGAGCUUUCUUGAAAAUAUUAGGGGGGUUUCCAAUACCCGAGGUUUACCUCACUUACAAAAUCAACUUCUUGGUGAUAUCCUAGGGGGAGAGGGAAUUCAAAAUAUAAAUUGUGUUAGCCAUGGAGCAAUUAUGAUAAAAUCCAUUCUCUCAUCCAAAAGAGUUUUUAUUGUUCUCGAUGAUGUUGACAAUUUAGUCCAAUUAGAAUAUUUACUAAGAAAUCGUGGAUGGCUUGGAAAAGGAAGUAGAGUCAUCAUAACAACUAGAAAUAAACAUUUGUUAAACGUACAAGGAGUGGAUGACUUAUAUGAGGUUGAUCAAUUGAAUUUUAACGAAGCUUAUGAACUUUUCAGUUUGUAUGCCUUCAAACAAAAUCAUCCCAAAUCAGGUUUUGUGAACCUCUCAUACAGCGCAGUAAGUUAUUGUCAACACCUUCCAUUGGCUUUGAAAGUUCUAGGUUCUCUCUUGUUCAGCAAGACAAUACCUCAAUGGGAAAGUGAAUUGCUUAAACUGGAAAGAGUACCUGAAGCAGAAAUACAUAAUGUGCUUAAAAGAAGCUAUGAUGGAUUAGAUCGUACAGAAAAAAAUAUAUUCCUUGAUAUUGCAUGUUUUUUUAAAGAUGAAGAUAGAGAUUUUGUGUUAAGAAUAUUGGAUGGUUGUAAUUUCCAUGCGGAAAGAGGAAUAGAAAAUCUAAUUGAUAAGUCUCUUAUAACUCUCUCAUACAAUCAAAUACGUUUGCAUGAUUUGAUACAACAAAUGGGUUGGGAAAUUGUUCGUGAAAAUUUUCCUAAUGAGCCAGACAAAUGGAGUAGAUUGUGGGAUCCCCAUGAUAUUGAACGUGCGCUUACAACAUAUGAGGGAAUAAAAGGAGUUGAAACAAUUAACUUAGACCUGUCUAAGUUAAAAAGAGUACGCUUCAAUUCAAAUGUUUUCUCAAAGAUGAGUAGACUUCGAUUGCUCAAGGUUCAUUCAAAUGUCAAUCUAGAUCAUGAUUUGUUUUAUGAUAGUGAGGAGUUGGAGGAGGGCUACUCGGAGAUGUAUAAGUUAGAAGAAAUGCUCUUCAAUCGAAAUUUUGUUACAGUUAGAUUGGACAAAGUUCAUUCAGAUCAUGAUUCUGAAGAUAUUGAGGAGGAGGAGGAAGAAGAAGAUAUAAUGGCUUCUGAGGAUUAUCAUGAUUAUGAAGUUGCAAUCCCUUGUAUGGUCGGUUAUGAUUUUGUAAUGGAAACUGCUUCUAAAAUGCGACUUGGCCUGGAUUUUGAAAUUCCUUCUUAUGAGUUAAGGUAUCUUUAUUGGGAUGGGUAUCCUUUAGAUUCUUUACCAUCAAAUUUUGAUGGAGAGAACCUUGUUGAACUUCACUUGAAGUGUAGCAACAUAAAACAACUAUGGCAAGGGAAUAAGUAUCUUGAAAGUUUAAAGGUCAUCGAUCUAAGUUACUCAACGAAGCUCAUUCAAAUGCCAGAAUUCUCAAGCCUGUCAAAUUUGGAGAGACUAAUUCUUAAAGGUUGUGUAAGCUUGAUCGAUAUUCACCCAUCUAUUGGAGGUCUCAAGAAGCUUACUACCUUAAAUUUGAAGUGGUGUCUAAAGAUUAAGGGUUUGCCAAGUAGCAUUAGCAUGUUGGAAUCUCUUCAAUUACUUGAUCUCUCCAAGUGUUCAAGCUUUUGCAAGUUCUCAGAAAUUCAAGGAAAUAUGAGAUGUUUGCGGGAACCAUAUUUGAAGGAGACUGCUACUAAAGAUCUUCCGACUAGUAUUGGAAACUCGAGAUCUUUUUGGGAUCUCUAUCCUUGUGGACGCUCAAACUUAGAGAAAUUUCUGGUGAUCCAACAAAAUAUGAGAAGUUUACGGCUUCUAUAUUUGUGCAAGACUGCUAUUAGAGAACUUCCAAGCAGCAUUGACUUAGAAUCUGUUGAGAUUCUUGAUCUCUCUAAUUGUUUUAAGUUUGAGAAAUUUUCGGAGAAUGGAGCAAACAUGAAAAGUUUACGGCAGCUUGUUUUAACCAAUACUGCUAUUAAAGAACUCCCAACAGGUAUUGCUAACUGGGAAUCUCUUCGAACUCUUGAUCUUUCUAAAUGCUCAAAGUUUGAGAAAUUUCCAGAGAUCCAAGGAAAUAUGACAAGUUUAAAGAAGCUUCUUUUAAACAAUACUGCUAUCAAGGGUCUUCCUGAUAGCAUUGGAUACUUGAAAUCUCUAGAGAUUCUUAAUGUCUCUGAUUGCUCAAAGUUUGAAAAUUUUCCGGAGAAGGGAGGGAACAUGAAAAGUUUAAAGGAGCUUUCUUUAAAAAAUACUGCUAUUAAGGAUCUGCCUGAUAGCAUUGGAGACUUGGAAUCUCUUUGGUUUCUUGAUCUCACUAAUUGCUCAAAGUUUGAGAAAUUUCCGGAGAAGGGAGGGAACAUGAAAAGCUUAAGGGUGCUUUAUUUAAAUGAUACUGCUAUUAAGGAUUUGCCUGAUAGCAUUGGAGACUUGGAAUCUCUUGAGUUUCUUGAUCUCUCUGAUUGCUCAAAGUUUGAGAAAUUUCCGGAGAAGGGAGGGAACAUGAAAAGCUUAAAGAAGCUUUCUUUAAAAAAUACUGCUAUUAAGGAUCUGCCUUAUAGCAUUAGAGACUUGGAAUCUCUUUGGUUUCUUGAUCUCUCUGAUUGCUCAAAGUUUGAGAAAUUUCCGGAGAAGGGAGGGAACAUGAAAAGUUUAAUGGAUCUUCGUUUAAAAAAUACUGCUAUUAAGGAUCUUCCCAACAACAUUUCUGGGUUGAAAUUUCUUGAAACACUCAACCUCGGUGGUUGCUCAGACCUGUGGGAAGGAUUAAUAAGUAAUCAGCUUUGCAACCUGCAAAAAAUUAAUAUUCCGGUGCUUCCUUUAAGUCUAAAAGUAUUAGACGCACACCAUUGCACAAGCAAGGAAGAUUAAUCAGGUCUGCUCUGGCUUUGCCACCUCAACUGGUUGAAAUCCACAACAGAGGAGUUGAAAUGCUGGAAACUCAAUGCUGUUAUUCCUGAAAGUAGUGGAAUUCUAGAGUGGAUAAGGUAUCAUAUCUUGGGAAGUGAAGUAACAGCAAAGCUUCCAAUGAAUUGGUACGAAGAUCUUGACUUCCCAGGAUUUGUUGUAUCAUGUGUUUAUCGGGAUAUUCGUACAUCUGAUGAUCCUGCAACUUAUUAAUAUAAUCCUGAUCUCGUGUGAAUUGAAUUUACAUGGCAAUGGAUUUAGAUUCAAGGAUGAAUGCAGUUAUACAUGCUGGUGUGAGUGCAAUCGUAAUUCUAAACAUUUGGUAGAUCAAGUAUGGGUUUGGUGGUAUCCUAAGAUUGCUAUUCCGAAAGAGCAUCACCAUAAAUCCACACAUAUUAAUGCUUCUGUUGAUUUUCGAGAUCUCAACAGCACUUUGCCGUCCUUCUUGGGAACAGGGACGACGGCUUCAUUUAAGAGUAAAGGGAUAAACAUAAAAAAAUGCGGCAUCAAUCUUAUAUUUGCGGGAGAUCAACAAAAUCAUACGCCCAUGUUGGAGCAUCCUCGGAACUCUGGUGACAAUGGAUCAGCAUUACAAGAUACGAAUGGUAACGUUCAUGGGCCUAAUCAAGAUGAUGAACACUACCAUAUUCCCACAUUAGAGGAGCCACAUUAUAAAAGAUUGGGAGCAUCCAAUCAGUACCAAUCAUAACGAAAUCACAUGUGGUAGCUGCAGGUGGAGUUUAUGUUUUUUCCUAUCAACUUAUUGGUGGAAACCUAAGGACAAUGAGGAGAAGUUAAUCUCAAGAUGCAAGUGAGAUUCCAAAUGUUGCUAAGGUGGUCUAGUCUUGCAUAUGAUCAGUCUGGCUUACCAUCAUGACCAUAAAGAAAGAUGCUACAAUUUGAGUAUUGAAAGUGUGAAUUAGGAAUUUUAAAAAAUGAAAACUUGAAUUGAUAUAUGUUUUUGCCUAUAAGAUGUGUGGUUAUUGGCAAUUCUUAUGGGUAUGUAAUUGACCUUGAUGUUGCAUAUGAAGCAUAUCACCCUCUCUAUA